GCUGCUUCUCCCAGGGCGCUCGAAGCUGUUUCCAUGGCAAACGGAAUAAACUUGCCGGGAGAAGAGGAGACCGGGCCGUGGAGGGGGGCGCGGCUCCGGAGCGCGGGAGGCCAGCCUCGUCUGCAGAAGGAUAUCAGGGUGGCCUGCAAGCUUGCAUUCCAAGAUGGCAUUUGCACCUCCCAAAAACAUGGAUGGCCCCAAACUGCAAACCAAGAUGAGCACAUGGACACCUCUGAACCAUCAGCUUAUGAAUGACAAGGUAUUUGAAGAAAGAAGAUCCUUGCUUGGAAAAUGGUUUGACAAGUGGACAGAUGGUCAGAGGCGAAGGAUCCUGACAGAUUUGUUAGAUCGCUGCUCCCUGUCGCAGCAGAAAUUCUGUUCUCAGCAGUUGCAGGACCGAGUUCCAGUUGAAGCCCUGGAUUUCACCACAAAGCUUCCCAGAGUGUUGUCUUUAUACAUUUUUUCUUUCCUGGACCCCAGGAGUCUCUGCCGAUGUGCACAGGUGAGCUGGCACUGGAAAUAUUUGACAGAGCUGGAUCAGCUCUGGAUGCUUAAGUGCCUGCGUUUUGGCUGGUACAUCAACUUCUCUCCAACCCCCUUUGAGCAGGGAAUCUGGAAGAAACACUACAUUGAGAUGGUGAAGGAACUUCAUGUGACAAGGCCCAAGACCCCUCCGAAAGAUGAAUUUGUGGUCAUCGAUGUCCAGCCAAUAGCAAGAGACGUCCCCGAGACAAAACUAUCCCUUUCCUCGGUUCUCCGAUCAGCAUCCGUGCUAGGAAAGAGGACAGACAAGGAGAAAAAAGAGCUCCCACCAUGGCGGUCCUCGGAUAAACAUCCCACUGACAUUGUCCGAUUCAACUACCUAGACAACUACGAUCCGAUCGAGCAAGUGAGGCAGGCUAGAAAGAAAGGAGGAGGACUAACCCCAGACCUCAGCCAGCAAGCAUUUGAGAAAAAAAGGAAACCGAGCUGUGCAUCUUAUAAGCUCCGGAAAGCAAAAUCACUGCACUCUGCGGCUGAAUCACCAAGAACACAGGAGUGCAAAAACAAGCUGUCCCUAUCUGCAGAUCUUGGCUCUAGCCCAAAAGGACCAGUUCGCCCAUGUUGGGCUACUCACCAAUCAACAGGGUACCCUGUUACCAAAGCAACAGCUAAGAUCCUAGCUCAAAGUGCCCAGUGGAAUGCUGGGAUACGACCAGCCCCUGUUCGAGCUCCAGUACCAAAGCUGAGUGAAAGAGGGAAGAAGGCCUUUGCAAGGAUGAGCAGAAGUUCUCCAUCAUCCCCACUGUUUGAAGCUCAGCCCUGGCAAAUUCCUCCAUCGGACCAUGGAUCUGAUGCAGAGUAAGGGAGUGAAGGUUCAGUGCAAUUCAUCCCCAUCAAACCGGCUCAUCUGCCCAGCUUUCAGAAGAUGCCGAUCACGUCCCCUGAGUUACAGUGAAGAACGGAUGUUACUGAAUCAUGCUCAAUGUCUCAAGGAUCCAGCUCCAUUUUUUUAUAUCACUUGUCACAAUAAGAGACUUCCCCUGCACCCCACUGAACUCACUAUACAAUGUGGAGAACCAGGCAUGGAGACCCUGAGGGAGAUUUACUAGUAUAGCUCUGGGCUAACUGCAUUGCAGCCAGUUUAUACUGAAGGGUUUUUGGGGCAGGGACUAUAUUUUACUACAUAUACAUACAGCACAUAGCAGAGUGGGCCCUCACUAAGGUUGGGAUCUCCAGGUGCUACCAUAAUACAAAUAAGUCAUGUAAUACUAGAGAGAGAUCAGAAUUUGAAUCAGUAUCUUGUUUGCUAUCUUGCCUUUUUUCAAUAUGUUUUCUUGUCUCUGCUGCUUUGGAUGCUGAUGCCUCAUUCUGCUUUCACUCAGUGUAUGUCUUCACUGCAGAGUUAACUUGGGCAAUUGGCACCCGGGUUAGUCUAACCCAGGUGCAAGCCGCCACACGGCAAAGCCUUACUGUCUUACUGUGUCCUCACUGGUGCUGAACUCCCAUGUGUGUGUCAUUAGGACUUUGGGGGCAUAUCCCAUGGUCCUGUGUGUUGCAGUAUGCUGAGCUACGCUGAUUCUUUCCCAGUGAAUUGUGGGAGAAUUUGUCUGUCUUUCUGGGCACAGGGGGGAUUGUGGGAGGGCACUGCAGGAUUACCAGCACUGGAGUGAUUUAGGCCUGGCCUACCCUAGGGGAGGGGAUCAAUCAAAGUUACGCAACUUCAGCUACAUGAAUAACAUAGCUGAAAUCGACAUACUUAGAUCUACUUACUGCGGUGUCUUCACUGUGGUAAGUCGACAGCUGACACUCCCCUGUUGACUCCACCUGUGCCUCUCUCUCCGGUGGAGUACCGGAGUCGAGGGGAGAGCAUUCGGCGGUCGAUUAAUCGCAUCUAGACUAGAUGCGAUAAAUCGACCCCCACUUGAUCGAUCGCUGCCCCUUGAUCCAGCGGGUAAUGUAGAAAAGCCCUUAGACUGUGUCCUCACUGCAAAGUGAGUGGUUACAGCCUGAGUGAAUGUGGAGCCCAGGAUCUUACUUAUCCCCCAGCUGUGCCUGCUAGCCUGGAUUUAAACUCCCCUGAACUCAGGGGAGAGGUUUGUGCAUGGAUGGGAAGGUGGGUUAGGGCUAAAAGCCAGGUAAGAGCUCAGGUUAACUCUGCACUGAAGACAGAUCCUCUCCAAGGUUUGACUCCAUGACUUACAAUGGUGUGACUCCUGAUUUACACCAGCAUGAGAGCAGAAUCAGACCCCAAACUUUGGCUAAAAGAGUUGCAUGAGGUUUUCCAUGUGGCGCUGAUACCAAUAUGAUUGGCACAGAGAAGGUGAAUCAGGCACCCGUGCUUACCUUGUUCAUGAUACAAGAACAAGAGAGAAGUCAGCAAAACUGAAAGGCAGCAAAUUUAAGACUGAUAACAGGGAAUUUGUUUACAUGUAAUUAACCUAUGGAACUCUUUGCCACAAUAUAUCAUUGAGGACAAGAGCUUAGUAGGAUUCAAAACAGGAUUAGACACAGUAACUUUAGAUAGAAAGAAAGUAAAGUCUCAUGCUUCGUGAAGAUGCAGAUGCCAGCUACUAAGUGAUGAGGGUUUAGAAUAAGCUUCCUUUGUGAGCAAGGUUAUUCUGUAAUUGUCCACAGCAAGAUUUAUUGUACCUUCCUAUGAAACAUCUGACACUGGACACUGUCUGAGCCAGGAUACCAGACUAGAGGGACCACUUGUCUGGUCCAGCAUGGUAAUUCCCAUGAUCUGGUUCUUUGUCUCUAGCUGUGUUUUGUAAUGUGCCAUGUAUAUUUCUAACUCCAGAUCAGUUAAUUAGUAAUAACCCAGCUCAUCUCCUUUUCCCACUCUUGACUGUGUACCUUCUUUCAGGCUGCUUCCUAUACUUGGAAGUAUCCUUCUUGUCUACCUAAGGCCCACUCACUCCUUCCUCAAAUCCCUCUCUAUAAACCUUUUCCCCAGGAAGUCUUCCUAUAUUGAUUGCCUUAUUGAGGUUCCUACAAUUUCUCUGGCCUAAUUUGUUAUCCUGUGUUUAUUAAGAACAUCUAGUGCCCAUCUUUAAAAAAGGGAAGAAGGAGGAUCUGGGGAACUACAGGCCAGUCAGCCUCACCUCAGUCUGUGGAAAAAUCAUGGAGCAGCUCCUCAAGGAAUCAAUUCUGAAG